AUGCCAGCCGUACCCUAUUUGCACCCAAGAAUUUCUCUGGUUAAUAAGGAUUUCCAAGGUUGCCUAAACAAAGAUCUGGACCAUCUGGUUACUACUUCCCAGAUGAUUGCUGGGAACUUAUAUUCCAAAAACUUAGAGAAGACGAUGAGCGUGAAUUGGCGGUUCCUUUCGAUAUCCAAUCGGGUGAAGCUCGGCUUGAACGUACACGACAAGACUCUCCCUCUGCUCCCCAAUCUUGUUCGAAGAUUUGGACACAUCGAAACAAUAGUCAUCGACAUUAUUUACAACAAGGUACAGGACAUAGAUGGACUCGUUGAUCAGAUUUCACGGUCUGGCGUAUUGAAUCUCCAAGCCAUGAAGUUUCCCGGGUGGUCUACAAAAACUCCGCGAGAUGGUUUUAAGGCACUGGCGUUGAAUAAGAAUACAAAGAACAAUCUGAAGGUAUUGGAUUGCUCUGGACUGAUCUUCAUGCAAGACAACGAUUUGGUUUUGUUAGCAGAUUGUUUCCCACGGCUAGAGGAACUCAGGAUUCGUGCGGAUAAGGACAGUCAUUUUAAAGGCAAUGAUGAGGUUCCGGGACAUAUAACAGAUGAUGGUGUUGAUGCACUGGCAUCAAAGCUUAAGGAAUUGAAGGAGAUUGUUUUUGAAGGUGAUGCUUGUUUCAUUACUGAUCAAUCACUUAUUUCUCUAUCCACAAAUUGUCUGAAACUGAGGAGCAUUAGUCUUUCAUUAUGCAGUUUCCAUCAACAUCGCGUGACUGGAAACGGCAUUAGUUUUGUGAUGCAGCAUAGUCCCAAUUUGACCUCUCUCUCGCUAGUAAUGUGGUCAUUACAACUUUCUGCAUUCUCUUUUUCAAUGGACGACGCGUUCGCCAAUGCCAAAAAUCUGCAUUCUCUCACCAUGAGUCGCGAUCUCAUUUCGGACAAACAUUUUUGUUUAGUCGCAAAAGCACGUCCUCCAUUAAAGAAGCUCAGGCUCGGUUGCUCCAUGGGCCAAAAUUCUGAAAUCCAUGGUGGAUUAAAAAUGCUUUUGCAAGCAUGUCAGUUGACACUGUAA